AAGAAGAGGGAAAAGAGUUGUAUACUCGGCGUAACUGCGAGUACAAACUGCCGUUUCCGCUGUUGGAGCCGGAAACGUUGCUGGGCGACGAGGAGUUGGCGGACUCUGGGCUCUCGGUACAUGGACUGUCAUCUGGGACAGCCGGGUACCCCAGCACCUCCACUCGGACUUCGUGUCCUCCCGCCGUCUCUCUGGCCGGCUCGACUAGCGACGGGCGUCAUGUCGUCGAGGCGAGCGUCAGUCUGCCGGGCUGCUUAAAGACCGAUCUCGAGACGACAAGAUCUGCGGUUCGUUUGCCGGGGUCUGGAGGGCGAUUCAGCGUCGCUGCGGCCGGACGGAGUCAGACUCGUCGAGGCGAGGAGACUGAGGGAUCAGAGCUCGGCUACUCAACAUGUGGCCUACUCGGACUGUCCGCCUCGGUGUCCGCAUCCACGGACAGCAGCAGUCUGGCUGCCAACAGCCCCUCCUCCUCCAACUCCUCCGCCUCCUCUUCGGCCGCCACCAUCUCAACCAUCCUGCCCGCCGACAAGAGGAGAGCCUCACUUCACCUCUUCCCCUCGCAUACAGACGCACCGGCUGCCCCUAGCAAGCGACUCAGGGGACAACUCAAAGAGUACCUGCAC